GCCAUACUUGCGACCCACCCCGCCUUACACACCAUUCUCCCUUUCAUGCAGACAGUAUUGUAUAUAUCUGAGUCGCAAACUGUGGGCGUGUAUGUCUGAAAGGUCUUCAGAACGCACAUUGGGAUGCAUAUAGCUAAGACAUCUGAAAGCACGAUUUGUUCCGUCAAAAGUAUACAAACGCUAACACGUGCAAACAUCGAUCCAAAUACUCGGUACACUGCGAAUACUCAAAUACAUAGAUCCAUAACCACGAGUAUAUGUAACUCAAAAUUUUUAAAUAAAUUAGACUGUCACCACCCGGGUAAAACUAACUAAUCUCCAGAAUGGCAGUAUCCAGUAUGACACGCAGUAGCUUGCUAGUGUUGACAUGCGUAUGUUUCUUCACACUCUUUCCACCACUUAUAUUGGGAGAUGGAGCAAAUGUGGUCACAGACACCAAUCGAACGAUUCUUCUCACCACUCUAGCUGUAGCUAUAGCCAACAUAAUACUAUACCCCACUACACUCGCAAAGAAUGCGACUAGCAGGCCGAUACGCCCCUUGCUGACUCAAGUGCUCGAUGGGCUAUUUAUAGCGCUCAUCAGCAUUCCCUUCCUGUACUUCAAUUUCGUCUGCUUCGGGGCGCCUCUGUUGGAAAAGUUGGAUGUGACGUUGUCGGCUUGUGUGUAUGUGAGCUGUCUGGCUUACAUGCCCAUAGGUAUCCUGUGCGGAAUCGACCAGGAAGGCAUAAUGAAACUACUGCUUCACCAAGCGUGGAGGGAUGACAAGGAAGCGCUCGCCUACACAGCUUUUAUAGGGACACACUUUGGGAUGUGGGUGGGUGCCAUAGCUGUACCAUUGGAUUGGGAUAGGCCGUGGCAGCCCUGGCCGAUCAGCUCGUGUAUUGCUUGCACGUGUGUAUACGCGUCGAGUGCGCUUGGCUGGGGCGUUCUUAGUAUGACCAAAUGGUCGCCAGUCCACACACAUAAAGCAAAAUCUGGAUAG